GGACAUUGGAGGAUGUUUAUGAUGAACUGGUUCGGCUGCGGGGAGAAUCGAUCAAGUCGUAUGGUGAGCAGAUGGUUCCGCCGCGGCAGCUCCCCGUCGAUCGCGCCGCUGUCCUCCGCCCGGAAGGCGGAGAGCUCCUGCUCAGUCCCGUCGUCAACGUCCUUCUCGGGUUGCCCUGCAGCUCCGCGCACCGUGAAGGCUGCCUGGCCUGCCAUUGGAAUCGACCUGGGCACGACAAACAGCUGCGUCGCCGUCUGGAGCCAGGGCCGCGUAGAGAUAAUACCCAAUAGUCAAGGUCAUUCAAUUACUCCAUCUUGCGUAGCUUUCGCAGAAGACGGCACUACCUUGGUCGGCGACGCUGCCAAGGAUCAGGCCACGUGUAAUGCCGCCAACACCCUCUUUCAGGUGAAGAGAUGGAUCGGGCGUCGGUAUCGGGACGUGACGACCAAUCAUGCUCUGCGGCUUUGGCCCUACAAGCUUGUUUGCGAAUCCGACGGCGGGGGAUUCAUGAUCGAGGUGGAGACUAAGAAUGGGCGGGAAACCUACUUCCCUGAGGAGAUUUCGGCGAAGAUUCUCGAGGAGUUGAAGGUGAUAUCUGAAGCUUAUCUUGACUGCGAUGUCAAGAACGCGGUCAUCUCUGUUCCCGCCAAUUUCACGCAAUCACAGAAGGCGGCUACGAGGGCGGCUGCUCGUCUUGCAGGACUGAAUGUAAUCCGAUUAAUCACCGAACCUUCGGCAGCUGCCCUCGCUUACGCGAUGCGCAGCAACGCCUUAGCUGGCGGCUGUGGCUAUGGAGCAAGAGAGAGAGGGAGAGGGAGAGGGAGAGGAGGGAGAAGAUCGGUGGGUGAUCGGAUAUCAGAGGAUACGAACAUCCUGAAGAUUGCCGAUCAGGCGAAGCUGGUUAUGAUCAUCGAUUGGGGUGGGGGCACUCUUGAUGUGUCUAUUAUGAGGGUAGACAACCGGGAGUUCACGGUGGUGGGCGUCGCCGGCGACACAUGUCUUGGCGGUCAGGAUAUUGACGACGCGAUGAUGAUGUACUUUGCGGAUCAAAUCAAUGCCGUCCAUGGUGUGGAAAUCUACGACGACCCGAGGACGAUGAGGAGGUUAAGGAGCUACUGUGAGCAGAUGAAGCACGCGCUAAGUUUCAGCAUGAAGAACGUGAUUGUCGUCGAUGCGCUGUGCAGGGGAGAGGAUUUCAAGUUGGAAUUGACGCGGGAAAAGCUGGAAGAGCUGUGCGAACCCAUCUUCCACAAGUGUUUGGGUCUCGUUUCCCGCUCUCUCGAGGAUGCUAGCCUCGAUAGGUCGGAGGUAGCGAAGGUGAUUUUGGCGGGAGGAUCAAUGAGAGUGCCCAAGAUUCAGCAGAUGCUAGCGGAGUACUUUAGUGAGGGGCGGUUAUGCAGAGCCAUUCAUCCGGAGGAAUGCGUAGCAAGCGGGGCGGCGGUGCAGGCCGCCUUGCUCACGGGCGAGGCAGAUAUGGACGUCGUAGAUGUCGCUGUUGUUGAGGCGGUUCCCAUCACCAUCGGCGUCGGCUGCGUCGAAGGGAAACUAAUUAGAUUGAUUGAUCGGAACACGCCUUAUCCAAAGAGGGUCAUCCAGGAUUGGGUGGCGGGUUACGACGGUCAGGAGUCGUUUGCCAUGCAGGUGUAUGAGGGGGAGAGAGAGAGGUGUGACGAAAACCAUUUCGUAGGGGAGGUAGUUAUAGAGGGGUUGCGCCCGGGUCCGGCAGGCAGCGGGAUGGAGAGGGUGCCUCUGCAGUGCGCCCUCGAGAUCGACGAGGAUGGAAUGUUGACGGCAACAAUUACCGACAAAAUCUCCAAACGACGGGUGUCGAAAUCGCUCGGUAGGAGUUGGGGUCGAUUCGAGGACGGCGAGGCCAAGGCUCUGGUGAGGGUGGCGUCGAAGAUGGCAGAGCAGGAUCAGGCUGACGUGGCCAAACUGACAGCCAGACAUCAGUUGAAGGAGUUCACUCGCCGAGAGAAAUGGCGGCUAAGUAUGAUUCCCACUGAAGAGGAGAGGAAGAGGGCUAGCGACCUUCUAGACGCAGAGGAAGAUUGGUGGGAGCGGAACAGAGGCCAACUGUUCGAUGUCUGUGAAUACGACAAACGGAAGAAGCUUUUGCAGCAAGCCUUGCUUGGGUAGGUCUACAUGUAGGGCACAUCGCCACACCACUCUCGAAAUGUGCAAAAUGAGAAUGAACUUCGCGCUAGAAC